AUGAAAAGCUGGAAUUGGAGGACUCCAUUCGAGACGACUUGCCCACUCAGCACGUUCGUGUCGUGCACUGAGGCCAGAAAAGAAGGUUGUUGCGCCAGUUCCAUCGAAGGACGACUGACGAUCGUCGCCGAUCGUCGCUGUCAGCUACGCCCGACGCUACUUCCGAGCCUCAAUCGUCUUCUGAUUGCCUCGGAAAGUGAAACGGACCUACCAGACUCCUCGAACGAUGCUGGCCAGAACAGCAAGAACAUGUUCGCCAGUUGCAAAGUGAACUUGUGCUGA